CAAUGGCUUUUCCUACUAAUUCCGUACGUGAGCGAAUAAACAAACCUGGCGGGCGGGGUGUGAGUGGAGAUGGAUCUGUGAUAUCAUAAAACUCCCAUUCCGUUCAUUUCCAUUCCACCCUUUGGACCGCUGGCCCGCCUUUGGACUUGCCGAAAUUCAGCAGAAAAAAAAUACACAAAACCUUAAGUCAGUCACCGAAAUCCGAAAUCCGGUUCGGCCGAAGCCUCGUUGCCGCCGCUGCCUGCCUGCGAAAGCUUCCCAAAGAGCUAGAGGGUAAGCGCUGCUAAAGCUCCUGGUAUAUAAGCCAGGCGACCAGGCUAUCUGCUCGCAAUCCAAGCUGUGCCUUCAUACGCCCCACAACUUCAUCAAUAGCGUUUGCCCGAAAAGGUCCGGAAAAGAACUUAUCCCAAGUCAAGAUGAAAGCUUCACUAGCCAUCGUGUUAUGCGUGAUUGCCGGUCUGGCGGCCGCCGCUCCUGAGAAGCAGUACACCAACAAGUUUGACAACGUUAACGUGGACGAGGUACUGGGCAACAGCCGGGUCCUGAACAACUACCUCAAGUGCCUGAUGGAGAAAGGUCCGUGCACGCCCGAGGGCCGCGAGCUGAAGCGCUUGCUGCCCGACGCUCUGCAGUCGGACUGCUCCAAGUGCACUGAAGUCCAACGCCGCAACUCCCAGAAGGUGAUCAACUUCCUGCGUUCCCAAAGAGCCGGCGAGUGGAAGCUGCUGCUCGAGAAGUACGAUCCCCAGGGCGUCUACAGGUCCAAGCACGAGGCCGCGUCCAAGAAGCAGCACUAAGCACUAAGCAUAAACCGCUCCAUGCCCUCAUUACACCAUGAACCUAAUUUAAAUUCGAGAUCCACAGUAAAGUUCAUCGUUUUUUAUACCUAAA